AUCCGUUUCUAGGAUCUCACUGCGGGAAAGUCUCGAGGCCGAAUUUACCGCACUGUCGUGACGUUAAAGCUUUGGCAGUCUCCUGUUAUGUUAAAUUCCAACGGAUCCCCAUCCCAGAAAAUGAACAUAUCUUUGUCUUUAGCGACCCGCAACACAACUACUCAAAUACGAAUAGAGUUACUUGGACGCGUCGUAAGCAUUCCAACAUGUCACGCGACUCUGGUCCCAACAUUAGGGACCAAUUGUCACAAGCUUUCCCACCAAAACCAGGCUUUACCGAACAGCAUCUACCUGACUUGCACGGAAAGGUUUACCUGAUCACGGGUGCAAACACUGGUCUAGGGAAAGAACUGGCCCGCAUGUUAUAUUCAAAGCAUGCGAAGGUGUAUAUUGUUGCACGAUCAGAAGCUAAAGCUGAUGUCGCUAUAGCUGAUAUUAAAGCUACCUCUCCUAAGUCUCAAGGUGCCUUAAUAUUCAUUAGGCUUGAUUUAGCCGAUCUUAGCACAAUUAAAGCUUCUGCUCAAACGUUUCUUUCGCAAGAAAGUCGGCUUCAUGUUCUAUUCAACAACGCUGGAGUUAUGAAGCCUGACCCUCCUAAUUUAAGGACAGCCCAGGGUUACGAACUACAACUCGGAGUAAACAAUAUUGGCACAUUCAUGUUUACAAAGCUCCUUACGCCACUCCUUGUAGCUACUGCGAAAGCGGAAGGCCCUGGUUCUGUUCGAGUUGUUUGGGUCGGCUCGUCUGCUGGAGAGCUUCCCUUUGUACCAAAAUCCGGCGUUCCAAUGGAUAACCUUGAUUAUCAUCACGAUCUAUGGUGGAUGACCAAGUAUGGUGUCAGCAAGGCUGGGAACUACUUGCAGGGUUCAGAAUAUGCCCGCCGUUUCAAGGCCGACGGGGUGAUCAGCGUCACUUUGAACCCAGGUAAUCUUGACUCCGAACUCUGGAGAAACCAGCCUUUUGUCAUAGGCAAAAUACUGAAGUGGUUCUUUCUUCAUAAACCUAUCAAUGGGGCCUACACAGAGCUAUUCGCGGGCCUAUCCCCUGAAGUUACGUUGGAACAUUCUGGUUCAUGGGUUGCACCGUUCGGUCGAUUCAUGAGGCCUCGUAAAGACUUGAAAGAGGCAACAAGGACCAAGACUGAGGGGGGUACGGGCGUUGCGAAGGAGUUUUGGGAAUGGAAUGAAGAACAAAUACGGCCGUUUCUUUGAACCCAGAUACUCAGUGUUUUGUAUUGUCUUUGUGUAUAUGAAAAGGCAGCAUGGGGGACAAUCUUCCAUGAUGUGUCAAAUUACCUCAUAUUCAUCGUAUACCCCUGACAGCUUCCUCUAACUCCACAAAAUUAAUUCCAUGGCUACGUGAUAGGACUGCUUGGACACCCUCUUUCAGUAAGGUAAAAAUACAUGGAAUGACUCCCUAAACUAGC